AUGAGCCCGCUAUGCCAGUCAUCCGUUAUCAGCGGGGAGCAAGUCUUCCGAGAAAUCGAUUCCAUCGAGUCCAAAUAUUUCGAAUUCGAUUCCAUGAGGAGAGUAGAUACGCUGCUCGUAACGAGCGUGUCCCCCUCUGCAUUCAGCAUGCUCCAACGGAAACGAGCCGCCCGUGGACGCAAAUUUCGCUACAACUGGUACGACGAAGACUCUCGGCGGCUUCUUGUGUCUUUAAAUACGGCAGCCCACGUACGGCUUCACCUAUGGCUAUACGACGGAGUUUGGGACGCCUUGAGGGACAUGGGAAUCCGCCACGGCUGGACAUCUAUCGGAGCAACGAUUUACUUCCACGGGGGUCUCUCUUCCGGCGAAGCGCCUGGACAUAGCACCGUCGUCCAUGAUAGUGGCGGAGGGAGCAGUGGAGAGCCGGAAUCAUCUGGGGGACCUCGGCCACAACGAUGCGGCCCCGGUGAAUUUCCUACUCUCGUCGUUGAGUCUGGGUGUUGUCGGCCUUUGUCGAUUAUGCAGGCCAAGGCGAGGUGGUGGUUUAAAAUAUCAAACCACGAUGUAAAGCUUGUGCUGCUAGCAAAGUAUGACCAGAGGCAAGAUAUGAUAACGAUCGAAGAAUGGGAAGAGAUACCACGAGAGCCUCGUGAAGGAGCUACAACAACUCGCUGGGGACCUGAAGGGGUGCCCUCUUGCCAACAGGUAGUUACGAUAACCAAGACCAGUGAAAAUCCGUCAGUCUACCAGAUAUCUGGUGACUUGGUGCUGAGUUUUCAGCCCUUGUGUUUGAGGGAGCCGCGCGAAGGAGAGCGGGAUGUAGUGAUUCACGCCGACGACUUGCAAGAUUAUGCCAAGAUGGUUUGGGGAAAGUGA